ACACUGCCAUAACGAAAAACAAAAUAGAUUGUAACAAUUUUAGCCAGAACAAUAAAUAAAACACAGAGUGUAAUUCUCAACAAAUUGAGUGUGUGGAGUGGGUAUUCCUUUAAGAUAUCGCAAUAAAAGUAAACAUGGCAACAUUACCGCCACGCAAGAACCAAACACCAACUCGUAUCUGCCAAGCCAUGAAGCCACAUUUGACUCCGCUCCAGACGUUGCUGCAAAUGGGAUUCCCAAAGCAUAGAGCUGAAAAGGCUCUAGCCUCAACCGGCAAUAGAGGCGUACAGAUAGCAUCUGAUUGGCUUCUGGCCCAUGUCAAUGAUGCGACAUUGGAUGAAUGCUCACCACGCGAGUAUAUCAUAUAUGCGUGCCCAACUGGACCAUUUUUGCAGCAGCUGGAGGAGUUCUGGGCAAAAUCACGUCAAAUGUGUGGUUGGAAUGGGGCACACAACUAUGUGCCGCACAUAACGCUAGUAUCAUUCUUUAAGGCUCCCGAUGAAUGCUCGCUUCAGCUAUCGAAGGCACUUAAGCAAGUCGUAGAUAUGACUGGUGCUUUGCUGGAUCGCCCAAUUAAAUUGGAGCCAUAUAUGAGCCAGAACUUCAUGGGUUUCUUUGUGGCCGAGGAUGAUGCCAACUACUUGAAACGUCUUGCUUUACAAUAUGUUAAGGAGGUGUCCAACUCAAUUAUAAGCGACACUUACGAACAGCUGGACGCCAUUGUCGCCUGCUUCCCUUGGUGUGGAGCAGUUUCCUCGGGCACCCGCUGCAUUCCGCGCAGCAGUCGAUCCAUUUCACUCGAGCCACACGUAAAGAGCCUGCACCUGACGCUCGCCUAUCAGUUUCCGCAGUCACAAUUCAAUGCACUGAAAUCACUUGUGGAAACCCUCGAUGCCAGCUGUGCAUCCAAUUGGGAGCUGCGUUUGUAUUCCCGCGACCCAAGACUGGCCACCAAACAAGUGAUGAAAGUAGUUUAUCCCCAUAAUCCACAUGAAACGGACGAGCUGGAGCUGCGCAUUGGCGACUAUAUCUACUUAAACAGCGAAGGCAUUGAUAGUUCGAGCGACGGCUGGGCAGAGGGAAUAUCUUGGCUAACAGGCAGUACUGGUCAUUUGCCAGUUAAUUACACGGAGCGCACCGCUGAAUCGGAUGCCUGGACACUGCAUCGAGUGGUUCAGCUUUCAAAGAGUGUUGCAUCGUCGCUUAACUCUGCCGAAGAUAUUGACAUUGUUGACGGACGGAGUAUAUCCAUAGAGCCCGAGGAGCGGCAACGAGACUUACAACAAAUCGCACAGCAUCCGGAGAUUAUAGAGGGAUCUUCUUUUGAGGAGUCAGAGCAGAGCGUUGAAAAAUACUUGCGCCAGACCUUGCAGCCCUGCCUGGAAUUGCCGUCGGUGCAGCUCCUAAACAGUCACAAUCUCUCUCUUCAACAUAAUCAACACACGCCUACUAUUGAGAUAACGGCGAAUCUGUCUUCCAACUCAAUAUCUAAGAACAUUGAUGAGAUCAUGGUGGAGCCACUAGCAGAGCAGUCACCCCGACCGGAUGAUACACUCAGCGUGCACUCGGACCAUUCACACCCACACUUGCAGCCAAACGCAUUGGAUGUUGGGCCCAGCAAGAAUCGGAAGGUAUAUAUUAUGAGGCAUGGCGAACGAGUGGAUUUCACAUUUGGUACCUGGAUACCGUAUUGCUUUGAUGAAUUCGGCAAUUAUAUGCGCAAAGAUCUCAAUAUGCCGAAGGUAUUACCGCAUCGUCGCAACAGCCCCGAAGGCUGGCAAAACGACUCCCCAUUGACAAAUGUGGGCGUCUACCAAGCGCGUCUAACCGGUGAGGCUCUACUGGAUGCAAACGUGCAAAUCGAUCAUGUGUACUGCUCGCCCUCAUACCGAUGCGUGCAAACAUGUACGAGUGCUUUGGAGGGCCUUGAAUUGAGUGGUAAACACAAAAUUAAGCUGGAGCCUGGACUGUUUGAGUGGAUGGCGUGGUAUCCUAAUGGUGUGCCCGAUUGGUUAAGCAGCAAAGAGCUCAUUGAUUCCAAGUACGAUAUUGACUUGAACUACGAGCCUGUGCAGCAGGCCACAGAUUUGGCAUCUCAGUUAAAGGAAUCAACGGAACAGUUUUAUAUGCGUAAUCAUGAAGUGCUGCUGCAGCUGCUCGAGCGGACCACUGGCAAUAUUCUUAUUGUCGCACAUGCCACCACGCUGGACACUUGCUCGCGCCAACUGACUGGCGGUGCAGCUCGCAAUACCAACGAGCUGCGCCAGGUUAUCCACAAAAUACCCUACUGCAGCCUGGUCACAGUUGAACAGGUGGAUGGUGUUUGGAAAUUGGUCGAGCCCGAUUGCCUGCCUGUAACACACUCGAAAAACCCACGAUUUGAGUGGAGUGCUCUUUCGGCCACCUAGUGCCCGUGCUUGGAGCAGUUUCUAUGCAUGCAUUGAGACUGAACAGCAAAUCACAUCGCACCGCACAUCACAACAUACGUAAUUUGUUAAGUUUCUCAAUUGGCAGCCACAACGCUUGCAACAUUAUUUACAUGUAUGCGAUAUAACCACUGACGACUAUAAUACUACUGCUAUACGUUUUUGACGCAAUUCAAAUUGAAACACCCAUGCUUACAAUAUAUAGCUAAAUAUUUAUGCUUGUGCAUACACAAAUAUGCAGUACAGAAACUUUGCUGCAAGUGCUGAAAUUCAGCCAAAUAACAUAGUUUUUUCAUACGUUUUAUAAAAUGAUGAAAAGUAA